AUGAUCAUUAAUGGCUUCCAUCCUCAGGAGUUUGAACAUCCUCAACUAGGUCCAAUCGUUGGAAGAAAGCGAAACGAGCAUGUUGUUCAGUUUCGUAGCAUUCCAUAUGGCCAUGUUGCUGCACGUUUCCGACACGCCACAUUAAUCAGCGAGCUACCACCAAAACAGCGCACGUUCACGGAAUACGGCCAUGCCUGUCCUCAAACCGAACAAGGCAUGGAGCCAUUUGGCGGUCCAAUCCCAGGGGACGAAAAGCGAGAAUACGAUGAGUUUUCUUGUCUCAACCUGACCAUCACAGCGCCAGUGUCGGUUUUGAAGUCUAGGAGUACCCAAAAAGUACCGGUCAUGGUCUACGUCCAUGGUGGAGGCUUUACAGUUGGCGCGCAUUAUGGUGGCCCUAAUGAUACAACAAGAAUGGUGACACAAGCAUGCGAGGACUCGAGACCCAUCAUCGUAGACCUCGUCGACGAAGCCGCGUCACUCAACGAAGACCCCUGCAACUUUGCAUUAUACGACCAACGUCUGGCCUUCCAAUGGGUCCAAAAGUUCAUUUCGGGGUUUGGCGGUGACAUCAAAAGGAUCACCGCAUUCGGCGAAAGCGCUGGCAGUUCCUCACUCGCCUUCCACCUGAGCUCCAACGUCCCCCUCUUCGAUCGAGCUAUUCUGCAAUCCGGAACUGCAUCUGCAAUCAGUCCCAAGCCCCUUGCAAACAAGGAAGAAGAAUAUCAGGCACUCCUUAGUUUCUGUGGGAUCAGUGUGGAUGAUCCUCAGCGCCUCGAGAAGCUCAGAGCUGUGCCAACUGCCAAGAUUGUCGAGGCAGCCUCGUCUAUCAACAAGGCAGCCUUUUCACCACUGGCCGACAAAAGCUUCUUUCCAAUUAUUCCCAAUUACCUCAAUCAUGCUCAGAUAGUAUCCGAUUGCUCUUGGAUAGAUGCUAUCAUUACGGGCGAUACAGUCUUUGAAGGCUAUCUGUUUGCACACAAUCUCUUUGGUGUGCGAUCUGAGGUCUUUUACCAACACGUGGAAAAUGCGCUUGGAGCAGAGAAUGCCAAGAGAGUAUUAGAGGUAUAUGAAAUAUCCAGAACCAUGGACCAGAACUUGUUCUGGACCAGGUUAUGCACAUUAUGUGGUGAUGUUAUGUUCUCCUUGCCUUGCCACAUCCUAUCAAAAGAGCUAUGGCAGAGUGGUAAGAAACAGUAUCGUUGUAUUCUUUCACUGCGUAAUCCAUUCCCCGGUUCCUUCUUCUCCAACGUCCUUGGCCACCAUUUCAUCGAACUCGUCUACCAAUUCAUGACGUUCAUGGAGCGCUUACCUCUCCAGAGACAGCGCGAUGUCUGCAUCGGCUUUGCGCGACGAUGGACGGCCUUUGCCUAUAGAGAAGAGCCUUGGCCUCAGUAUACAUGGGUAGAUGAGACAGUGGCAGUGGCAGAUUCCCGGGAGGGCUGGGUCGCGCGGUCACGAGUGAAGGACUUGGAGGUUUCUGCAUAUGACGAAGGCGGCCAGCGUCGCUAUGAGAAGUGGGAAGCAUUGGAUGAGGUGUUUCGAUCACUAGGGGAGAAGGCGCCCACAGCGGUUGAAGCUCUCAGUUUCCCGACAUUAGUAACUUUGGGAAAGAAGUAA